AUGGCUUCAUCAAUGAAUAGCCGCAAACCAAGUGAAAUUUUCAAAGCACAAGCUCAAUUAUACAAAUACAUGUACGCCUACCUAGAUUCCAUGUCUCUUAAAUGGUGUGUUGAGAUGAACAUACCAAACAUAAUCCACAAUCAUGGCCAACCAAUUUCUCUUUCAAACCUAGUUUCAAUUCUUCAAGUUCCAUCAACCAAAUUCGGUAACGUACAACGUCUCAUGCGUUACCUUGCACACAAUGGAUUCUUUGAAAUAGUAACAAAUCAAGAGUUAGUAAAUAAAGAAGAAGCUUAUGCUCUUACCGUUGUCUCAGAGCUUCUUGUUAAAGGAAGUGAACUUUGUUUAGCACCAAUGGUUGAGUUAAUUCUUGAUCCAACUCUUUCGGGUUCGUAUCAUGAGCUAAAUAAAUGGAUUUAUGAACAAGAUCUUACACUAUUUGCUGUAGCUUUAGGAUCUGACUAUUGGAUGUUUCUUAAUGAAAACCCUGAAUAUAACCGAUUGUUUAAUGAUGCAAUGGCUAGUGAUACCAAAUUGAUAAAGUUGGCAAUGAAAGAUUGUAAUUUGGUGUUUGAAGGUUUGGAAUCAAUUGUGGAUGUUGGUGGUGGAAAUGGAACAAUGGGAAAGAUUAUUACUGAGACAUUUCCUAAGUUGAAAUGUGUUGUGUUUGAUCAACCAGAAGUUGUAGAGAAUUUAUCUGGAAACAACAAUUUGACAUAUGUUGGUGGAGACAUGUUCACAUGCAUUCCUAGAGCUGAUGCAGUUUUGCUUAAGUUUAUUUUACAUGAUUGGACUGAUAAGGAUUGCAUAAAGAUACUGAAAAACUGUAAAGAAGCAAUUACAAGUGAUGAGAAAAGUGGAAAAGUGAUUGUCAUAGAAUUGGUGAUUAAUAAAAAGAAAGAUGAAAAACAGAUUACACAAUUGAAGCUGCAAAUAGAUAUAGGCAUGGCAUGUCUCAAUGGAAAAGAGAGAAAUGAGGAAGAAUUGAAGAAUCUAUUUGUGGAAGCUGGCUUUACAGACUACAAAAUAUCUCCUUUGACUGGAUUACUGUCUCUUAUCGAGAUUUAUCCUUAA